CUGCUCUAGCUGUGUUGUUACGGUGGAUCGGAUCUGGUGUUUUUACAGGGUUAUUCCUGCACUUGAAACGCAUGGAGUAGAGUAAAAAGCUUCAACCCCGCACAAUCAUGAGAUGCCACUGGGUUGUUUUUGUCUCACAUUUUGUUUUGCUGCCACUAACAGUUAGGUGCCAGCCAGUCAUCUCCCCCAACGGGCCUUACAUAGUAGUUCCCAAGACAGGAAAGCUGGAGCUGCGUUGCCGGGACAAUGCCACGACGUCUGGUGCCCCGUCCAAGUUGAGGUGGCAGUGGGAGAGGGCUCGCAGGCUGGAGGGAGAGGUGGAGGAGGGUGGAGUGGCUUAUGUCAAGGUGUCAGCAGCGCAGGCCUACCACAUGGGUCGUUAUGUGUGUGUCAACAACAGCACACAGGAACACAGCUCCAUCUAUGUAUAUGUGAAAGACCCCCAGAAUGUCUUCCAGCGCACCAUAGUGAACAACAUCCUGGUGCGUUCAGGUGAGAACUGCACCAUCCCCUGUCUCGUGACCGACCCCGAUGUCACCCUCGUGGCAUUGGAGAGCUGCGAUGGACAACCUUUGCCCUCCAGUAUGAGUUACCACAGCAACCUCCAGCGAGGUGUCAUCAUCAGCAAUGUGAGAAAGGAAUAUGAUGGCUGUUUCGUAUGCGUAGGACAGCUCGCUGGAGUCAAAGUGAAGUCGAGCCAAUACACUGUGGAUGUACGACUUGUGCCGGAGGUUCCUCCAGUGAUCACACUGUCCCGGAAAGACCCCGUUAUUCUGAGGAAAGGAGAGCAGUUUGAGAUUACCUGUAGCUCUGUCAACAUCAACCCAGACUUUAGUGUCAAGUGGAAUUUCCCUUCAACAGCGCAUCCCAAUAAAUCCCAAACCUCCCACAUCCUGUCCGGUGCCCGCGGUUACCAGCGUGCCACCUCACUCUUGAUCACAGCUGUCAACCAAUCAGACUCGGGCACUUACCGCUGCCACGUCCAGAACGAGAGAGGCACCAGUGCCACAGCAGUGCAGCUUGAUGUCCGAGAUCAGGGGUUCAUCACCAUUUUAGGCCCCCCAGGUCCAGUCCAGGCUGAUGUUAAAGAGGGGGAGAGCCUGGGCCUCAGAGUAGAAUUUGAUGCCUAUCCUGCACCCAGCUCCAUGUUCUGGUCUUACAACGGCAUACAGAUCCUCAACACCACAGAGCACGUUAUCACCAUCCACCGCCACAAAUACAGACUCAUCAGCAAGCUCAGACUAGUGAGGGUCCUCGGCUCGGAGGGCGGGAUCUAUAAGUUCUCAGCCAGCCACGAGGAUGCAUCUGAGGAGCAUUCAUUCCACGUCUACGUCAUCAGCAAGCCGGUUAUCAUCGCCCAGGAAGGCCCUGUUGAUGGACAGGUCCGGUGCAUUGCCGCUGGUUACCCAGUCCCUAAAAUAAGCUGGUACUUCUGUGAGCUGCCCCACACAAGGUGCUCACACCUGCCCAACGCCACCCAAUGGGAGACUACGGAUGUUUCCAUGGUGACAGAGUCUACCUUCGGUAGGAGCGAGGUAGUGAGCCGACUGAAUGUGAGCAAGGAGCACGCACACUAUCACACCCUGGAGUGUGUAGCGAGUACGGUGGGGGAAGAGGCCUACACGCUGUUCUCCAUCAGUGAACGCAUCGUCCCCCAUAGACUCUUCACUCCUCUUCUAACUGGCAUGGUGGCCACUGGCGUCUUCCUCUGCCUCACUCUAGUGGUGCUGCUCUAUAAAUAUAUGCAGAAACCAAAGUUCCAGAUCCAGUGGAAGGUCAUUGAGAGCAUCCAUGGCAACAACUACAUAUAUAUUGACCCCACCCAGCUGCCAUAUGACUCCAAAUGGGAGUUUCCUCGACAGAAACUACGUUUUGGUAAAACGUUGGGCUCUGGGGCUUUUGGAAAGGUAGUUAGGGCCACAGCAUAUGGACUCUGCUCUGCAGAUACCAUUACAACCGUCGCUGUUAAGAUGCUCAAACCCAACGCUCAUGCUACGGAGAAGGAGGCACUGAUGUCAGAGCUGAAGGUGCUCAGUUACCUUGGAAACCACGUGAACAUUGUUAACCUCCUGGGGGCCUGCACUGUCGGAGGCCCAAUUUUGGUGAUCACAGAGUACUGUUGCUAUGGCGACCUCCUCAACUUCCUGCGCAGAAAAAGAGAGUCCUUUUUAAACUCCCAAGUUGGUAAUGGUUACCAUCGCAACGUCUCAAACCAAACAGAGCCUACAACAAGCAGAGAGGUGACUGGUCCAGGGUAUGUGCCCAUGCUUCCCUCUGAGAAAGAAAGGUCUUCCCAGUCAGUUGAUGUAGAAGAGCUGUCUCUGGACGCCGAAGAUCUCCUCAGCUUUUCCUACCAGGUGGCCAAAGGAAUGGAAUACAUUACUUCCAAGAACUGUAUCCACAGGGAUCUUGCAGCCAGAAACAUUCUGCUGACUCACGGCAGGGUGGCGAAGAUCUGUGACUUUGGGUUGGCACGAGACAUCACCACUGACGCCAGCUAUGUGCUCCGGGGCAACGCUCGUCUGCCAGUCAAGUGGAUGUCUCCCGAGAGCAUUUUUGACUGUGUCUACACAUUUGAGAGUGACGUGUGGUCCUACGGCAUCCUGCUCUGGGAAAUCUUCUCUCUGGGUAACAGCCCGUAUCCCGGGAUGCAAGUGGGCUCAGUAUUUUAUAGGAUGAUUCAAGAUGGCCACAGGAUGAGCAGGCCCAAGUUUGCUCCCAUUGAGAUGUAUGACAUGAUGUUGUCUUGUUGGAACCAAGACCCUUUGAAAAGGCCUUCCUUCAGGAAACUGGUGGAGAGGACUGAGCUAAUGCUGUCAGAAAAUACCAGGAAUGUCUACCUGACACUGAGCAACGCUCCAGGUCAUCCAGAGCAGCAGAGGACGCCGUCACGGAGGCUCAGCUCAGUCUGCAGCACGACAGCCCCCACCCAGCCUUUACUGCAAAGCACGGCUGACGUCUUCCUGGACUAUGUCUGACAUACACACACAC